AUGGGCGGCGUGUACGUCAACGGGCGGCCGCUGCCGGACCACAUCCGCCACAAGAUCGUAGAGAUGGCCCACUCUGGCGUGCGAUCGUGCGACAUCUCCCGCAUCCUCCAAGUGUCCAAUGGCUCUCUCUGGUGUCUCCUUGCAGGCCACAGCGGCAUAAACCAACUGGGGGGCGUGUAUGUGAAUGGGCGCCCCCUACCCGACUCCACGCGGCAGAAGAUCGUGGAGCUGGCCCACUCGGGCGCCAGACCUUGCGACAUCUCCCGCAUUCUCCAGGUGUCCAAUGGCUGCGUCUCCAAGAUCCUGGCCAGAUACUACGAGACAGGCUCCAUCAAGCCCCGAGCCAUCGGCGGGUCGAAGCCGCGAGUGGCGACGCCCCACGUGGUCACGAAGAUCGCAGACUACAAGCGCGAGUGCCCCUCGAUCUUCGCGUGGGAAAUCCGCGACCGACUUCUCUCCGAGGGCGUCUGCACGAACGACAACAUCCCCAGUGUCUCCUCCAUCAACCGCGUCCUCAGAAACCUCGCCGCGCAGAAGGAGCAGGCGACGGGCGUCGGCGUCGCAGCGGGCGGCGGCGAGAGCGUGUACGACAAGCUGCGGAUGUUCAACGGCGGAGCUGCGGCUGCGGGCUGGGCUGCGGCGUGGUACCCUGGGGCAGCCGCAGGGCACCUAGGCCUCCCGCAGCACCACAACACCGCGCUCCCUCCCCUGCCGAGAGAGGACCCGAAGCAGCGCGGGGACAACAACAACGAGGUCACGAGCGACGGCAACAGCGAACACAACUCCAGCACCGACGAGGACUCCCAGCUGCGCCUCCGCCUCAAGAGGAAAUUGCAGAGAAACAGGACUUCCUUCACCAACGAACAGAUCGACGCCCUCGAGAAAGAGUUCGAGCGUACACACUAUCCUGACGUCUUCGCCCGGGAGCGACUGGCGGAGAAGAUCGGACUUCCGGAGGCACGGAUACAGGUUUGGUUCAGUAACCGCCGGGCCAAGUGGCGCCGAGAGGAGAAGCUGAGGAACCAGCGCCGGAGCGUGGACCAAGUGGGCGUGGGCGUGGGCGUGGGCAUGGCCAACAGUGCCGCCGCAGCAGCCUCCAGACUCCCCCUGCAGUCGGGCUUCAACUCCAUGUACCCGUCCAUCCCGCAGCCCAUCGGCACCAUGGCGGAUACGUACAGCAUGUCCGGAUCGCUGAGCUCCAUGGGCGGCUCGUGCCUGCAGCAGCGGGACGCCGCCUCCGCCUACCCGUACAUGUUCCACGACCCGCUGUCCUCGCUCUCCUCCUCGUACCAGCGGUCCUCGUCGCAACUCGCCUCCUGCGGGAACGCGGCGUCGCAGGCGGCCGUGUCCUCCUUCAACGCCGCAAGCCACGCGGCGGCCGCAUCCUACGCCGCGGCCACGUCCUCUGCGGGCGGCACGGGCACCGGUGUGAUAUCAGCGGGCGUGUCCGUUCCAGUUCAGAUUCCCAGUCAAACCCCCGACCUCAGCGCCGCCAACUACUGGCCGAGGCUGCAGUGAUGGUCUCUGAUGCGCGACCCAGACUUCGCGGCGUCGCACUACUCCCAAGUGUAAGGCAAAGAGAUACAAAAACAAAAAAGACACUUGGCCUAAUACUCCCUCUCAAACGCUCUCUUUCCAAACCUUCGAGACUUCUUCUUCCGAUGGGCAAAACGAGGAGAAGAAGAAGAAGGAAAAGGAUGGAGGAGGAGAGGUGAACGUGUGAAUCGAUAGGAUUAUUAUGAUUUUUUUUUUCUCUUCUUGUCUCUAUUUUUUUCUUUGUGAUCAUGCGUCUGCUACCAGUGAUCUGGCGUAAGUGAUAGUUCCUCCUGAACCAAAAUGCGAGGAGAUAUAACUUGCAAUCUCACGUGUUGCUCUUUGCACUGACGGCCUCGUCGGUGAGCGAACGAGAAGAACAUUUAUAUUUUCUUGUUGUUUUGUUUUUGUACCAUAAUCUGCUUUGGGCAGACGAUUCAUAGCAUAUGACAGUGUCAAGUUUCACAAUGUAUUACUGUGUUAGUAAGGAAAUUUCGUAAGAAGAAACUGUACCAACUUUUUCUCUGUUAUCGCAGCCUCCCUGGAGGGAUAACAACGUAAAAGUUUCUAGAUCGACUUGUGCAAUCUGCGCUCAUACUCCUGCCAAUGUUUUAACGUCUUUCCGAAGCGCAAAGUGGACACGACGGAA